AUGCAAACUAUCGAAAAAGCUUUGCAUCAACCGAUGCCAUUCACUACUGGUGGUCAAACCAUUUCUGAUAGGUUAACUGCUGCCAAGCAUUCGCUGGCUGGAAGCCAACUAGGAAAAACUAUAUGUAAGGCGACGACUGAGGAGUUGAUGGCUCCUAAGAAAAAACACCUUGACUAUCUGUUACAUUGUACAAACGAGCCGAAUGUAUCGAUUCCUUCAAUGGCAAACUUAUUGAUAGAAAGAACGCAACAUCCCAAUUGGACUGUAGUGUAUAAAGCCCUUAUCACGAUUCACAAUAUCAUGUGUUACGGCAAUGAGAGAUUUUCUCAGUACUUGGCAUCAUGCAACACUACUUUUAACUUGGGAAACUUCCUUGAUAAGAAUAGUACUUCAGGUUACGAUAUGUCUCAACAUGUGCGUCGAUAUGGAAAGUAUAUCGGAGAGAAAAUAGCGACAUAUCGAGUUUGUGCGUUCGAUUUCUGCAAAGUUAAGCGAGGAAGGGAAGAUGGUCUAUUGCGCACCAUGCACACUGACAAGCUACUGAAGACAUUGCCAAUUCUCCAAAAUCAAAUUGAUGCACUUUUGGAGUUCCAGGUGUCUGCCAGUGAACUGAACAAUGGCGUUAUUAACUGUUCCUUCAUUCUUCUAUUCCGUGACCUCAUCCGUCUUUUUGCGUGCUACAACGAUGGGAUCAUUAAUUUGUUGGAAAAAUACUUUGAUAUGAAUAAAAAGCAGUGCCGUGACGCUUUGGACACGUAUAAGGGAUUUUUGACUCGUUUGGAUAAAGUGUCCGAGUUUUUGCGUGUGGCUGAGUCUGUUGGCAUCGAUCGAGGCGAGAUUCCAGACUUGACCAGAGCUCCAGCAAGCUUAUUAGAGGCUCUGGAAGCUCAUCUCAUACACUUGGAAGGUGGUCGAGUUCCACCCUCCGGUCUUCCCGGCCAAUAUUCGUCUGCUCAGUCUCAAGUUGCAAACUUUUCUAUGAGUGGAGGAUUCCAAACUCAGCCACAUGUUGGCGAUGCCGAACGAACGAGGUACAUAGAAUUGGAAAAGGAAAGGCUUCGGCAGUUUGAGGAGCAGAAACGUCAGCAAGGUGAGGCCGGAGCUUCUUCGGUGGGUGCGUCCUCGAACUUUAAUCCUUUUGCCGCCGAGGCAAUGUCCGCUCAAACUACUAAAAAAACGAGUGAUGAUCUGCUUGAUUUAUUCAAUGCUCCUGCUCAGGUGAAAACUUCGGAAUAA